GAAUUUCGUGAGUAUUUCGAUCAUCAGCUGAAUCAAGUUGAAAAUUAACUUGUCUCAAAAAUUUAUUUAUUUUUCUGUAGAGCCAGUUUUUUCCAGUUGUUAGUCGUUUUCGUUGCAAAAAAAAAAGUAGAAAAAUGUCGUAUUCCUCAUCGAUGCCAAACCAGCAAUUUUUGUGGGAUGUUUUCCAAAGAGUCGACAAGGACCGCAGUGGACACAUUUCCGCCGAUGAGCUCCAACAAGCCCUCUCGAAUGGCACAUGGUCGCCUUUCAAUCCAGAAACAGUUCGUUUAAUGAUUGGAAUGUUCGAUCGUGAGAAUCGUGGAACGGUUAGUUUUCAGGAUUUUGGUGCUUUGUGGAAGUAUGUCACUGAUUGGCAAAAUUGUUUCCGGUCCUUCGAUACCGAUAAUUCUGGAAAUAUUGACCAGAAUGAAUUGAAAACAGCUCUUACCUCGUUCGGAUAUCGACUUUCGGAUAAUCUCAUCCACUUGCUCAUUCGCAAAUUUGAUCGUCAUGGCAAUGGAACAAUUUUGUUUGAUGAUUUUAUUCAAUGCUGCAUCAUUUUAUACACCCUGACAAACUCUUUUCGUCAAUACGAUACGGACCAAGAUGGAGUCAUCACCAUUCACUACGAACAAUUUUUGUCGAUGGUUUUCAGUCUAAAAAUUGUCUAAACAAAGAAAAAGUCGAAUUCUUAUCAAUUUAUUGUGUAAUAAUCGUGUCUUACCUGUUGAAAGCUAUCAAUAAGUUCUAAACUUUCGUUACAAUGAUAAGUUCAUGUAAAUAUUUUCAUAUACUUUUAAUAUAGAUAUCGAUCUUUGAGCAACAGUAAGCCAUAAAAUAUGAAACGAAGGUGUAUUAAUUAAGCCAUAUUUCAAAACGAGUGCAAUUUUUUGAGGGAAUUAAAUAAAAAUAUGGCUUUAGACCGCUUCAAAUAGGUAUAAAAAAAUAAAAUAAAAAAAAGUACAAAAAUUAAAAUUUUUAUAAAAAUAAUUUUGAAUAAUAGAUUUCUUUUUAAAAAUUUGUUGACCAUUUUUUUACGAAAA